GUGCCAGAUUGGUCUGUUUUUAGAUAGUAAUAUAUUUGGGGAACAGUUAUUCCAGGCUCCAGAAUGUUCAUAAGAUAUCUUAUUCUUAAGGCAUUGUGCAUCUCGCUGUGUUUCGCGUCGUCUCCGCCUGGGUCCAGUGAGGAAACAGCUCGGGACUUCAUAGAACAUGUGUUACGAAUUCCCAAUCCCGACAAAGUUCUGAAUUCUGUUCUUGGACGAUUGGAGAGAAACAGGCAUCAAGCGCUGACGGCAAGGCAACGACUCUCUGAGGAAAUUGACUGCGAAGAACCGUCUGAGAUUUUACCGGAAUAUACAGAAUCAUUACAAGCAUCGAGGGAACGGGAGUUAAGACAGUUAGGUGCUCAGAAACAUUACCCCAUUUGUCAUCUUGAAAGGAAGAUUCGAAGACUAAAUACAAAUGAAUAUGAGUACCGACCCGCUUACUAUGAGGAAGUGCGUUGCAGUGCCGUCAACAAUGAAGACUUUAGUGGUUCUAAUGAGAUUUGUUCCAGUCUUGGGUUUUCUUGUGUUCAGUGGAACAAAACUAUUCAUUUGACAAGAAGACGAUAUUCCAGUGAUUGCUGGGAGACGAGGACCAUGGUGAUACCAGCUGGUUGCGAGUGCAUGUGGCCCGUACACAGGCUCGGUGACAUGACAUUGCAUGUUUGAAAAGUUCUCGCUACUCACAUAUGUAUUUUGGACCCUUAUUUAUACUUUUUUAGAAUAUAACAUUUGUCAAUAAAGUUAUAUUAAA